GCAGCCUGCCCAGCGCUGUGACACCAGACCUGAAAUCACCCUCGACUGCGCAGGAACUAUUUUAUGAACUUAUUGCACACGGAUUUGGACCAAGUUUCUAAUUGCUUCAUAAACGUUAUUGAUCCAUUCGAUCAACAUUAUUUUACUUGAUAAAGAAGAAGAAAAGGAUACUCUAAGAAGAAUGGAGAAGUGGACAACCCCUGAAUACUAUGACUAUGAUUAUGAAGAUCAGGAGAACAGCACCAUGUGUGACUACUCUGAAUGGAAGCCGUCCUACUCAGUCAUCCCAGUCCUCUACAUGCUCAUCUUCAUCCUGGGUCUCUCUGGCAACGGUGUGGUCAUCUUCACUGUGUGGAGGGCUCAGGCCAAGCGCCGGUCAGCAGACAUCUACAUAGGCAACCUGGCCAUGGCUGACCUGACCUUCGUGCUGACUCUGCCACUGUGGGCAGUGUACACUGCAUUGGGCUACCACUGGCCCUUCGGUGUGGCCCUCUGCAAGAUCAGCAGCUACGUGGUGCUGCUCAACAUGUACGCCAGCGUCUUCUGCCUCACCGCCAUGAGCUUUGACCGCUACCUGGCCAUCGUGCACUCUCUGUCCAGCACCCAGCUGCGUACCCGUGGCCACAUGCAGGCCUCCCUGACGGCCAUCUGGCUCCUCUCCGGCCUACUGGCUGCCCCCACACUCAUCUUCCGCACCACCAAGGAUGACGAGAACAGCGACCUCAUCUCCUGUGGCAUGGACUUCAGCCUGGUGUUGGGUGGGGGUAAUCAAACAAUCAGUCAAUCAAAUGAAUUGAAGCAGAAGGAGUCCAUGUGGAUCGCAGGGCUCAGCAUCUCCUCCUCUGCCCUGGGCUUCCUCCUGCCCUUCCUGGCCAUGAUGGUGUGCUACUGCUUCAUCGGCUGCACCGUGACACGUCACUUCAACAGCCUGCGUAAGGAGGACCAGAGGAAGCGGCGUCUGCUGAAGAUCAUCACCACCCUGGUGGUUGUGUUUGCUGCCUGCUGGAUGCCCUUCCACGUGCUGAAGAGCGCCGAUGCCCUCUCCUACCUGAACCUAGCUCCAAACACCUGCGCCUUCCUCCGCUUCCUCCUGCUGGCCCACCCUUAUGCUACCUGCCUGGCCUACGUCAACAGCUGCCUCAAUCCCUUCCUGUAUGCUUUCUUCGACCUGCGCUUCCGUUCCCAGUGCCUCUGUCUGCUCAACCUGAAGAAGGCCAUGCACACCAGCCCCGCCAGCUCCAUGUCCUCCCAGAAGACAGAGGCCCAGUCGCUGGCCACUAAGGUGUGACGUUUAUGCUGUGGUCAGGGCAUGGGAGAGGGAUGCCAGCCAGAGGGAAUAGGUCUCCAGCUGCCUUUUCCUGUCCUACCUCCAUCGUCACCUGAACACUGCAGGUAAAUCUAAGAUUUCAGAGGUGCAAAAUGAUAUCAUUACCUAUUCAGCCACAUACAUGUGGACUGCAGACUGAGUGCAAAUGUACGUGUCCUCCAGACUGUGUGACUGAGGAAACUGAUAGUCAGUCUUCUGGCUGUAAUCAUGACCACUGACAUCCUCCAAGCUCACUCUCAGUGAUUAGGAAGUUUGUACAAACCCCUUGAACUGCUUGAUACAGGGGGCCAAGCUCCAUACCAGGGUGAUGCAAACCAGACCCCAGACAUUUUGGACAGAGUUGAAUGUAUUUCAAAGGGACAAAGCAGCUCAUAUUGUUCUCCUGGUGUUCCGUGUUGACUUAAGGCAAGUUCUUGGGUGGGUUGUCCCAUGGCUCUGGCUUUUAACACUGGAGGAGUGUAUUAUACAUGCAUUUGUACCAUGCUGUUCUUGUUUUUUUUAAGCACUUGCUCAUUGGAAAGAGGUGAGACCUCUUCCUCUGUCCCAGUCAUGAUGUAAGUGUGUGUGUGUGUGUAGGUCCAGGAAAGGUGUUGCAACUUGAUUAAAAAGUUGUAAGGGGAGAUAAGGGCACGGAGGGAGGGGGGUGGUCCCAGACGGACAGAUGGCAGCUGACAAAUGUUGUCGAGGGAGGAGAUCCAACUAAUAGGUGGCUGCUCUGACAGAUUAAAUUCUAGUGUGCUUGUGUGUGUGUGUGUUGUGCGAGGUU